AUGGAUGGGGACAUCGUACCAGAUAAGGAACGCCCUCUUGCGGGGGUGAUUCUUUGCUGUACAUCGAUAUUGCCAGAGUAUCGGGAGCAAUUGGCUUCCAUAGCUACUCAGAUGGGGGCGGUCCAUAAAUUCGAUCUCACAUCAGACGUUACGCAUUUGAUAGUCGGGGAUCUGAACACGCCAAAAUAUAAAUACGUGGCCAAGGAGCGGAUCGACAUCAAAGUUCUCAAGCCAGAAUGGGUAGAAGCUGUCCGGUCUUAUUGGAUGCUUGGGGGAGACCCCAAUCUUGAGGAACUGGAGGAACAAUAUCGAUAUCCCACAUUUGCAGGCUUAUCGAUAUGUCUUACUGGAUUUGAGGACAUGAACACCAGGAACCACCUUCAGAGGACGAUCACAGAGAAUGGGGGAGAAUUUAGACGGGAUCUCACCAAAAGUGUUACCCAUCUGAUUGCGCGAUCCGGAUGCGGUCAGAAAUAUAAGUAUGCAACCCUGUGGAAGAUAACCGUGGUAAGCUUAAAAUGGCUUGAAGACAGUCUUGAACGAGGGAUGGCGUUGGACGAGAGUCUCUAUGACCCGCUGAUGCCAGACGAAGAGCAAGGCAUUGGUGCGUGGAACAGAUCAGCUCCAGUGGAUCCCAUGAAGCGACCCAAAUUAAUCAAUGCAAAUCUUCAACGGCCCCGGAAACUUCGAAGGGUUGCAAGUAUAAAACUGGGUGGACAAAACGAAGAUAUAUGGUCGAAUAUUAGCGGGAAUGCAGCGAAAACCACUAUGACAAGCGACAGUUUCCAAAGUGGGCUUAACGAUCGGGGUACUGAUAUGUUAGCGGUGACAAGUGUCUCUUUGAUCCACGAGCCAAAGUCUUUUGCAAGCGAAACCACAGUAGCUUCCCGUCAAGCCAUGGACGAAACGAAGUCAGUGGAUCUGAUUGAACCUCGCGGUAAAUUCUUGUUAGGAGCUAGAUUCUUAAUCAAAGGGUUCUCCUCAAGUCAGACUAAAAUUCUAGAGACUCAUUUACUCUCUCGCGGUGCCCAACUUGUGACGUCACUAAGCGGGCUUGCUGGAGACACCACUACAAACGGUCCAGGCAUGUAUGUGCUUGUGCCAUACAAUUUACCACGCUCUGAAAUUCCAUCUCUUGAUGACUUCGUGAUCGAGCCGCAAGUUGUAACGGACCUGUGGGUCGAGAAGUGUCUGCAUAAUAACUCCCUCAUUCCCCCUGAAUCACAUAUCACCAGUACCCCUUUCCCCAGAUUUCCGAUUCCAGCAUUCCAUGGGCUGAGAGUAUGCUCUACUGGAUUUUCUGGUAUUGAUCUUUUACAUCUUUCAAAACUCGUCAAAGUUAUGGGGGCUACCUACGAUGAGUAUCUCACCUCCAAGGCAUCAGUGCUCAUUUGCAACAGCACAAAUCCGAACCAAGAGAAGCUUCGACACGUUACCGAAUGGAAUAUUCCUGCUGUCAUUGCCGACUGGCUGUGGAUUUCGGUUCAAACCGGAGAGAGAAAGCCUUUCGUCCCCUACAUAAUACAAGAUAAACAACCUCAAAAGAAUGGAUGCCCAGUCCACCAUAUUCAACAGCGUAAAGUGAAGCAAGAGGGCAGCAAGAAGCGAAGCGCACCAUCAGAAAAUGAUACAUCAUCAUCUCCUGAUUCACAUACAUCCAAACAAGCCGCUGUCACCACUCGAAGGAGUGAAAUUGAGAAGCAGCCAGAAACCACGCGACAACCAAGCAUACCGCCUGAAAACGUUCUCCCAGAGCUACCAGAAAACUCUCCACGAAAGCGCAGUCGUUCUCCUGCUUCUUCGAAAAGCAACAAAACUCCCCUUCUUGCAACUCGCGUCCGAUCAAAAACACCUCCAAAAAUAGAAUCCAAUGAUAAAAUUCCAGACCCGAAAACAACCCUCAACGUUGCCCUCAAUGAAUUCCUGAAUCAAAAGCGCAAGGCAACUUCCUCCAAACCAUCAAGUCUCGAAAAUAAAGAUAGCGGAGACACCGGUCUGCAACAGCAGCAGCAACAACAGAGAAAGCGCCGAAAACAGCUCUUCGGCAGCUCCAGUUCCCAUUCUUCAUUGCUGCUAGGUGCCGCCAUGCCUGGUGACUCGCAUUUACCCCGAGCCAAUUCCAUAGACACCAUGAACGAAGAUGGCUGUGGUAGCGUCGUGGACGGACUGGGCCUCGAUAGUCCUUCGACAACAAAAGUCAACAGCAACCUACCUAGCUUCUCCUCCCUUUUCGCAGAAAAUAAGAAGGCGGACAAGACGGAGGCGCAGCAGCUGUUGGAGAGUCGUCUGGAAAUGUUUCGCACAGAUGCUGCUUCUGAGUUUCCCGGGUUCGAGGACGAAGAUGACACCCCUGCAAUGACCCAGUUGGGAUACGAGGUCCCUGGUGCGGCUGCUAUGAGGGCGAAAAUUGCUAGUGGAAAUGAAGGGAUAGCAGAUCAAGGGGUUGAAGAUGGCGCGACUGGUGCCGUUGCUGAUGCUACGGCUAAGAACCGGGAGAGAGCUGCAAAUGGUCUUGUUCUUGGCAAGGUUAAAGAUCAUGAUUUACUAGCUGGGUGGGUGGGUAGGAGGAGCAUGAGAAGGCCCGGGAAGGGAGUAGGAGGUCUAUGA